AUGCUGGCGCCUGCUCAUGCUUGGAGACCUAUCGGGCCUGCCAACCAAAGACUGUUGCAGCCUCGACGCUCGGUUCCGCCUCUGCCAAGCAGACUCAGGGGCAAGGCAAAGAUCGGAGCCGCCAAGGACGGUGGCCUUGAGGCGAAGCCGACCCGGCAGAUCUUCAGUUUGGCGUGGCCAGCUGUGUUGGGAGCAUCAAUCGACCCCCUGCUUUCGCUUCUAGAUACGUACUGGGUGUCGCGAUGCCUCGGAAUGCUCUCCCUGGCCGCUUUGGGCCCUGCUCUGAAUGUCGAGGAUUGGAUGUUCGACAUCCUGAAGACCGUUCAAGUACCCGUGCGCUCGCUGACUUCGGAGUCAGCAGCUGCUGGUCGACCCAAAGAGGUGCAGGAAACCCUGUCGCAGGCAUUGUGCUUCUGCUGGAGAAUCGGGCUUGCCGUUGCCCUUCUCGGAUCCGCGCUUUCGACUUGCCUCUUAAGAUUGUCAUCGGUUGAAGCCUCAUCGCCUUUGCUUGAGCCUGCCAAGGCCUAUCUUGUCCCGCGGCUGUGCGGUGCACCGGGGCUGCUCACAUUGAUCGUUCUUCAGGCGGCGCUUUCGGGUGCCUUCCGCGACACCACCGCAGUGCUGCGCCUGGUCCUGCUGGGCGCCGGGCUCAAUGCGGUGCUGACACCAAUCGGCGUUGCGACUUUGCACGGCGGCACUGCCGGGGCUGCGUGGGCAACGACGGCAGCCUGCUAUGUGUCCGCUGUUGCUGCUUGGAUCCUGGUCGCUCGCAGGCCGUCCAGCGGAGAGCCGUGGUUGCCACCUCCAGGGCAGGUCUUUGCAUCGGCUUUCCUUGGAAAGCCUAGCCCGAACCAGAGCGCCAGCAGUCAGAAGAAUUGGAUGGCUUUGCUAAAGGCAAAUGCCGCAAUGUCUGUGCGAACGUUUUCAUCGCUCACAACAUGGCUUGUAGCUUGUGCCAUCAUCACAAAGAUUGGUGUGGCACCUUUGGCGGCACACACCUGCAUGACGAAAACAUUCCUGAUGCUGCUGUACUUGCUGUACGGCUUCCAGCUUGCAGCACAGGUUUUGGUCAGUGCCGACGUUGUCCGUGGCGACCCCCAGCGUGCCCGCAAGACCGCCGUCCACGCAAUCCGCUUGGGUAUGGUCGUGGCUAGCUUCGCAGCUCUGAGCCUUUGGCUCGGCCACGAUUUCAUUGCGAGUGUUCUUGUUAGGGACCAGACAGUGACAGCGGCGUUUGCCACGCUGGUUCCACCGGCAAUGGCCAUGCUGCUCAUCUACGGUGUGAUGUGGGUGGCUGACGGAGUUCUCUACGGUCUUGGAGAGUAUGUUUGGACGGCCAAGUGCACCUCCUACGCAGGUGCUGCCGCAGUUGUCGUCAUGCUCCUCCUGGCCCGCCGAAACAUCAGUGCGGUCCAAGUUUGGUGGAGCCUGAAUAUCAUGAUGGCGAUCAGAGCUAUCUUUGGAGUCCGGAAGGUUUUCUUCUCUGCCAGCUCUCCCUUAUCGAGGCGCUCACUGCAGCUGGUCCCUGCCGGUGCCGAAAAGGGCAACCCUGGGCAGACGUCGGACGCGCUGUUCGAUGCCUUGGCCGCCGGUGGAACAGAAGUUCGUUGGCCCGACUUCCGCGCGCUCUUCGCACAGCUGGAGCCGUCGCUGUCAGAAGGUCAGCUACAACAGCUCUGGGUUACUUUCGACACGGAUGCGGAUGGUGGCAUCUCUCGGGAGGAAUUCAAGAAGCAGCUGGCCAACGUUGAGGCACUCCGGAGGGUUCUCAAGAUGGGUUGGAAGUGUACGAUCUUGACACUGGUAUGUUUGGCUGAUCCCUUCACCUUUGCAGCUAUGGACCCGCUUUUUCGGUCCGUGGUCCUUAGUUCCAGGCGCUUAGGUUCGUUGAGCGAGGUGGGAGCAGAAGCCGCCGCGGCACUGAAAGGGGCGAAGCAGAAUGUGACCAUUUUUGAGAGCACUACCGCUGGUCUCAUUCAGGCUUCGCUUCAGUCGUUGCCCGGGGCAUCUUCUUACACUACCUGUGGUGCAGUGACGUACGGCAAAGACAAAGCAAAGGCCGUUCUUGGCAGCCUGGAUCUGUCCAUGCCUAGGCCGACGGAUGGGCCGUCUUACAAGGAGUCCAAGCGGCAAUGGACACAGCGUGUGGCGAGACACAAGCGCCAAGAAGUCGGGUCGACUUGGUGCAUUUGCGAAAGCGGGGCAUGUGGCCCAACUUUCACUUUUCCAGAUGUAACAAAAGGCUUCACGGCCAUCUUCGUCUCAGGCCCUGUUGAAAAGGGCCUCUUCGUCGAGUCUGAGACCAACGAGCGGGAAGAGAACAUGUGGGGCUUUACCAAGCUCGCCUUGGAUCUCCUUGCGGAGUGCAUUCGUGAGAGUGCAGAAGCGACGGAGGCGGAGGCGACGGAGGCCACGAAGGUCUUGGUCGCCAAGGAAGACCGCUACGGAGGAGUGGAGGCAGAGGUCUUGGGUUUCCAGAAGGACAGCCCUGUCAGCGCCUUUGCCUCCGAGCUGCGGCAAUCCCUGCAAGCCUGGAGCACGGCAGGAAAGCAGGGUAUCUGGCUAAAGCUGCCACUGGAUGCAGCUGCCUGUGUGGGUCCUGCGGCAGCAGAGGGUUUUGAGUUUCAUCAUGCUAAAGCCGACUACGUGCUGAUGACACGCUGGUUGGGGGAAGGGCCCAGCACUUUGCCAAAGUAUGGUUUCACCCAGGUAGGCGUCGGGGGUGUGGUUCUGAACAGCAAAGGCGAGGUGCUCAUGGUGCAGGAGAGGAUUUCUCCAAUUCCACAGUUUCAAGGAUCCUGGAAGCUGCCCGGUGGAUUGGCGGAUCCCAGCGAGGAUUUCGCAGAGACCGUGGUGCGAGAAGUGCGGGAGGAGACUGGGAUUACGGCCAAGUUCCUGAAUCUGGUGAGUGUACGCCAUAGCCACGGAUAUAGAUUCGGGCAGGAUGACAUCUAUGUGAUUGUCAAGCUGCAGGCAGUCGAGGAGACAAUCUCCAUCGACCCGCACGAGCUCGGCGACGCACGCUGGAUGAACCCGGACCAUGUCAAGUCCUUGAUCGUCGAGGCCGGCCCGCCAUAUGAUGACAGGGUGACAACGAACACCUGGCAGAAUAUUGCUGCCGCGCUCUAUGGCGCAGCGAUUGAGGGGACCCCUCUGCCAAACUCGCGGGGUGGAAAGAUGUCGAUGCUUUACACGGGACUGUUGCCUUUGGGCUGCUUUGGGUGUGAAAAGCAAGUUGCGCAUCCCGUGAAGGAUCAGCUGUUCGAUGCCUUGGCUGAAGCCAGUGGCCGCCAAGACGUGACGUGGUCUGAUUUCCACGCUCUCUUUGCUCAGCUGCUGCCGGAUCUGGCAGAGAGCCAGCUGCAAGAGCUGUGGCAACACUUCGACAAAAAUGGAGACGGCGGUGUCUCCAGAGAAGAGUUCCAUCGCGCUUUGGGCACGGUCAGCAAGUCGGCUGAGGAAGCAGCGCAGGACGUCUGCUCUCGCGUAGCCGCAGCCCUCAUGCGCGAGGGAAAGUCGGUGAUGGAGCUAUUCGAUGCACUCGCAGGGUCGAGGAGCACUGUCCAAUCGAAGGACUUUGCCGACUUCUUCAGAAUCGCCGAGCCGAGCAUCACCCACCAACAACUCGAGCUUCUCUGGCGAACGUUUGACAAGGAUGGGGAUGGCAGCGUCACGCGCGAAGAGUUCCAGUUGGGCUUGCAGCCAGGGUCCUUGGCAGCCCUUGCGCCUGCCAUGCAGGCCGGCGCCACGCCGGAUACGCAAAUCCAGGCGCCUUCAGAUCUGACGUCGGCACUUUGGGCUGCCAUAUCUGAGGUGGCUGCAUUGAGAGCACCGGCUGCGCCAAGAGGAAGCCAAGCCUUGCAACAAGCGGUGCGGCAGCAACUCGCAGCUUUUGACAGCACGCAGACUGGCAUGCUGGAUCCUGCGGCUUUCGCGAAGGCAUUACGCUCCUACAGCCCAACACUGCCAGACGUGGCACUCCAGGUGCUGAGGCAACAAGUCUGUGAAGCUGACGGGACGGUGCAGAUCGCCAAGCUAGUCAGCAAGAUUCUGCAGCCUCCGGAGCCUCCACCGCCAAGAUCUUCCCUGGUGAGGACUGAGGCGCCUGUCACCGAGGCUGGGGGCCCACUCUGGAGCGCGCUGCGCAGGAUCAGACCGGCGCUGCACGAGCGGGGUCUCCGCCUGACCACGGCUUUCCAGCGCUGGGUGCCCUCUUCGAGUUCCCGGCUCUCGAAGGAAUCCCUGGCGCGGGGAGUGGCCUCGCUGGUGGGAAGCGACCUGUCGGAGCAGCAGUUGCGUGCCUUACAUGGUGCGAUGUGCAGAAAUCCCGAUGUGGGGGCAUCCAUGGAGGAGUUCAUCGGCGCAUUCAGCGCUUGUGAGGGCGAAGGCUUUGAAGCCUAUGCUCGUGAGAUGCCCGCAACACAUGGACCCACCCUCCGAAGCUCAGAACUUCCGAUCCGACCCGUCGCUGCCAUGGCGGACCAAGCUGUGGAGAAGACCUGGUCCUCGAAGACCAAGGAGAUCUUCCAGAAGUGGGAUGUGCACAACACUGGGGUGAUCACUCGGAAGCGGCUUCAAGGGCUCCUUUCGCAGGUGGCCGGUAAGGCUGUCACCGAGGAGGAGAUCGAGCGGUGUAUCAGCGAGGCCGAUAAGAACAACAACGGCCUCAUAGAGUACAACGAGUUUCUCGAGUGGCUACAACAGCCUUGUGCGACGGUGCGCAUGGGAUCACAGGGCCUCGAGUAUUUUAGCCUCGAGGCCGCUGUCCGGCCUCUGUAUGAUGUCUAUGACCAGAAUGGGGAUGGCCUGGUCUCAAUGGAGGAGUUUGUACAAUGUCAGACCAUCCUUCAAAACUGCUUGGGCCUCCGGAGUGAGACGGCAGCCCCACUAGAAGACCAGUUCAAGAAGCAGCUGGGGAAGGAAAGCGGCUCAACGAGCCUCUCCGUCUUCGACAACUCACCCAAGCGCGCCUUUGGGCAUGUGGACGCAGACAACAGCAAGGGGAUCACUUUCGAGGAGUUUGUAGACUGGCAGCGGAAGCAGCUGGUAUCAGCACGGACCCCAAGCAAGGAGCUGGAGGAGCUUCUCCCUGCCUUAGCGCGGCAGCUGAAGCGAGUCUUCAAGUUCGAUGAGCAAGGAGAGAAGGAUGGGAGGGAGGAGUGCGAUUCCCGGGUCUUGCAGAAGAUCGUGGACAACCUCGCCAAGAUGUGUAUGGAGAUCUGGUCCAAGAAAGCGGAAGAGGAGACCAAGGCCAAAGACAUCAAAGCUUUCAUGGGCAAGGCCCGCCACUACACCAACCGGUGGACGGAGCCUCCGGUGGGAUUGAAUGUCAAGAAGCUCAAGGCAAAGUUCCUGGCGACGGAGUCCUGCACGAGGGUGACAGAGAACAUGGACUUAGACUUGAUGGUCAUCCCGGUUCUUGCAGAAGGGGAUGAUGUAAACCCUCGCAGUCGAAUAUGGCUGGCUCAGAUCAUCCAGAAGGUGACGAUGAAGGAUGGCAAGGUUCGGGAGGACGAUCCGGUCUACUACGAAUUCGAGUCUUUGUCCUGGCACAAGACGGAUGAAGCCAUGGAGAAGUUCCACACCGCUUUGGAUGCUCUGCCACCCGAGCUUCGCAUGUUCUCGCUUCUGAAGGCCGAAGCUGACUUCGGUCACAAAAUCACUUGGGAGCAAGUCGAGAAGGUCUUGAACAGGUGCCUGAGCCACGGGAUCCUGACUGCCACCCAGAUCUCCGAAUAUACCAGCAGCAUGGAGCUACGCGUGACGAAGGCGUUGAAAGAUGAGGAUCUGCUCUCGGGCAUGUCAGCAGAAGAGUCCAAGAAGAAGAUCCGGGACAGCCUCCUGGCCGUCUCGCAGAGGCCUCAAGACAUCAUGGCCAUGCUCAGUGACUUAAAAAUCUUCAAAGUCAGCUCGGUUUGGGCAGAUUUCAUGACAGCAGACUGA